AUGAGAGUAAUGAAGACGAGAAUGAAGCAGUUUUCUCAUCAUUUACCAGUACAGAACUUAGAUAUUUUAUUUGGAUCUGGUCUGAAUGAAUCACAGCCAACAACAUCAACAGUUUCGAUUCUUCCGUCAUCUUCUAAUAUGGAUAUAUCUGCCACACAUGAUAGUAUUACAGGUAGUACUCAACCUACUCCCUCUAAUUCUAGAAUGUCUUCAAUCACAAGACCUGUUACACCUGUAGUUACACAAGCUGAUGACACGGAUAACUCGGAAGACAGUUCAGAAAAUAACUCGGAAGAUGAUGGCGAUGAAGAGUGGAAAAAAGUGCAAUUUCCACACAUCCCGCCUACUGAGAAAUUUGAUGAAAUUUUACUGCGACCAUCACAGUUUUUUCCUAAUCGAAGUUCUCCUCGGACAUAUUUCAAUGUUUUUUUGAAUGAUGAAGUCCUAUUGAACAUAGUUGAUCAGACAAAUUUAUACGCAGCCCAAAACCGACAGAAAGAUUGGGAUAUUGUAACAUUGCAGGAGCUAAAAGCUUUUUUUGGUAUUUUGAUACUUAUGGGCAUUCACGUACUUCCAAAUAUAUCUCUCUACUGGUCUUCCGAUCCUAUGUUCCGUGUGGCAGAGAUUGCUAAUGUUAUGACAGUGAAGAGAUUUAAAAAGAUUUUGGCAAAUUUACACCUAAACGACAACAGUCAAAUGCCCAAGAGAGGUGAAGAAGGAUCGUACAAACUUGCCCAAACUUAUAAAAAACCAAAAAAAAAGAAAGAUGAACCUAAACCGCCUCCUCUGGUACUGGCUAAAGGAGAGUACAAAUGGCGAGUCAACCAGAACGUCGCAUUUUUUGUAUGGAAAGAUACUAAAUUGGUAUAUGUAUUGAGUACUGCUUAUCAUCCCCGUCAGAAAACAACAUGUAGAAGAACGCAGAAGGAUGGUUCGAAGUCUGACGUUUCUUGUCCCAUAGGAAUCCUGGAGUAUACCAAAAGAAUGGGAGGAGUUGAUAGAUUUGACCAGAAGAGAGGUACAUACUCCAUCUCAAGACGUAGUAAGAGAUGGUGGAUGCGAAUAUUUUACUUUUUGGUUGAUUCUGCCAUUACAAAUGCCUAUAUAAUAUACACCCAAAAUGACAGAGUGCACAACCCUAUGACCUCCUUGCAUUUCCGCACCGUGCUCGCACGUAACCUGAUAGACAACUUCAGCUCCAGGAAAAGGACUGUGGCACAAUCGCCCAACUUUGUAACUAAAAAACCAAAAGGGCCAACAAGUAGACAGAAGGCCAUUCACGGAAUACCUGAUGAACUGAGGUUGAAUGAUGUGGGGUCUCACAUGCCAAUGGAGCUACCCAAAUACAGAAGGUGCAGAGCAUGCAGCAGCAAAAACCUUAACAAAACAUCCAAAAUACAGUGCACAAAAUGCCAAGUUCCAUUGUGCAUUGUACCAUGCUUUGCUCAGUUCCAUACACCCUGA